UGUCAAUUGACUUGUCAACUAAUCUUAGUCAACUUAUCAUUUUAGCAAUUAAAAACACCAAGCUGUGAGUGUUUAAAAUGCAUUUAUAGGAUACUAGAUCAAAGUUGUGCAAUGGCAAUGGCAGAAAUCUUACCUUUUUUUUAUCCUUUUAUUUGUCUUUUUUAACCUUUUUGUAACCUCGAGCAUAUCCUUGAGCAGAAAUACUACGCGCUAAAGGAGUGCCUGAAAAAGACUGAACCUGCACUGUGACACUUCUGCUGAAAUGCAUAAGUAUGUGUGUCCUAGGGGGAAGUGCAUGUGCGUGUGAAGGAACUGAACUGCACAAGUGCACUCUUCAACUUCCAAACAUCAGUAAAUAUGCUUUUGAAAGCUGCAGUGAACUGAAGACCUGAUUGAGAAGGCCACCUUGCAUCUGCUUAUUGCAGCUUGAUGACUGAACAGGGAGAUGGAACAGGAAUCUGCGGAUGAAGAAAAGAGUGAUCUAGGGAGUGAGGUUGGAGCAUGGAGAAGAGGAGUCCUGUCAAGAGGAGUGAGCCAUGAGGCAGACUCUGGUGUUUUCACAGACGCUGCAUCUGCUGACAGCAUGAAGCAUCACAAGUCUAGAUCACACCCUCAAUUCCUGGGACUGUCUCCUUGUGCUGCCUGCUAUAACCAGCAGGGGCACUCUAUGCUGCACAGGGGGGACAAUGAUUCCAGCUCUGAUGACUCCGGGCGGGAGCUCGACUGGGACUCAGAGGAAGCGGAGUCCAGCUCCAACUCCAGCUGCAGCUCUGGGCCUGUUUCAGCAGGGCUGCCUCCCAAAGCUGAAUCUGGAUCUGGGGAUGUUUUUGAGUUUGGCUCUGAAGUAGGAGAAGGCGCAGGAUUGGCUGAGGAGACGAACGGGCAGGGUGCUGGGCAGGAAGUGAUGGAGGAAAGCCGAGGGGAGAGGAAGGAGACGAUGGUUCGACGAGCCCCACUUGUCAAGUCUUUCUCCCUGCCCCCCUCCCUCACUCAUUCCCUGGUCCCUUUCUCUCUCCUGCCACGACCGCCCAGAGUCGUCUCCACCCUCCAGCUACAGGUGCUGCCCAGCAAAGAUGAUGAUGCCACUUUCCACAUCACUCCCACUUUUACCCACCAGCACCCCUCGGAGAUGCAGGGGAAAAGGGGAAACGGCAACCUGCUGCCACCACAACCAUCUCAGCUGCAACAGAUGGGGUUACCGUGGCAACACAGAUCACCACAACAACCGACAAACCAACAGCAUCAGUAUCAGCAUCAGUAUCAGCAACAGCAACGACAGCAGCAUCAGCUGGCACAGCAUUAUCAGCAACAACGUCAGUGGUUUUUUCCAGCCUGGAGGCACGGAUAUCCACCACCGCCGCCCCCGCACACAUUUCCUGUGUUACACACCCCAACAGCACACACACACCCGCAUGCGUCAUAUACACCCCACACACAUCUACAUGCACUCGCGCCACAAACAUGCUGCUACUGUUACAAUACACACAGACCUAUACCUUACACAUACUGGAAUCAGUACUCUGGCUAUCAGCCAAGUGUCUAGUCAGUGGAGUGUGUGAAACUGCAAAU